GUCAUCGAACCACUUUCAACUCCAAACUGACCAAGUAGCUCACGACAGCUCUCAACGGCUCCCUCGCCCACAAUCUCUCAUCUCCCGACGACAUCCAACGGCAUGCCACCAAUCCAAAGACCAUAAACGAAACAAAUCAGCACAAUGAAAGCCCUCACAACCCUCCCGGCGGCCCAAACCCGCCGCGCCCUCCCCGCCAUCUGCGCCGCCUGCACAUCAACGACACCCUCCUCUUCCUCCUCCACACCCUCGCGCCGCCCCUUCUCCGUCCUAAACCGCCCACCGCCAAACUACCCAGGCCACGUCCCCCUCACCAAAAUCGAACGCGCCGCCCUCGGCCUCGGCGCAGGCAUCUGGUCCCUCCUAAGCCCCUACCGAGCCGACCUCAUCGCCGCCGUAGGCGAGACCACCGCGACGCCCUACUUCAUCUACCGCCUCCGCGACGCAAUGCUCUCCGACCCGACGGGCCGCCGCAUCCUCCGCGACCGGCCGCGCAUCACGUCCACCUCGCUCAACCUGUCCCGCCUGCGCGCCAUGCCGGACAACAGCGUCGGGCGCGCCUACGUCGCCUGGCUGGACGCCGAGGGCGUGAGCCCGGACACGCGGCCCGCGGUGCGGUACAUCGACGACCCGGAGUGCGCGUACGUGAUGCAGCGGUACCGCGAGUGUCACGACUUCUUCCACGCGCUGACGGGGCUGCCGAUUGUGAGGGAGGGCGAGGUGGCGCUCAAGGCGUUCGAGUUCGCCAACACGCUGAUCCCGAUGACGGGGUUCGCGGUGCUGAGUUACGCGACGAUGAAGGCGGGCGAGAGGAAGCGGUUCAGGGAGAUUUAUGGGCCGUGGGCGGUGAAGAAUGGGAUGAAGGCCAAGGAGGUGAUUAAUGUGUAUUGGGAGGAGCAGCUGGAGAGGGACGUGGAUGAGUUGAGGGCAGAGUUGGGGAUUGAGAGGCCGCCUAAUAUGAGGGAGAUUCGGAAGAAGGAGAGGGAGGAGAGGAGGAGGGCGCAGGAGGCUUUGAAGGGGUUUGAGAAAAUAGUCCUGGUGGAAAUCCCACUCGGACAGAAGCCAAUCUGCUACAUUUUGCAGUCAUGCUUUGUAAACGCCCUCCAACGCCGGCAUGGUGUCCCUCCCCAGAUGUGGGUUCAUAGUCUCCCCGCCAAACGAUUCAAAAUCGACGCGGCAAACAUCAUCGAAAGAGACCCCUACACACCGUGA